CCCGCAUCGAGUGCAUUUGUGAGACGAACAGACAGACAGACACACUGGUGUGUGAAUUCUCUCACGUGGAACGGUUCAACAUGCAUUCCAUCCAUCCAUCCAUCCACCCACCCAUCCACACACGAACAUCCACACACAUGAGAUGGCUGUCAGGGGCUGGCAGGAAGGGCCGCAAGGAGUGAGGGCCACAUGUGUCAUCGAGAGCCUAGUAGUGGCAGCACUCUCAUACAGUGACCCCACACCCAGGCAGCCAGGCAGGCCUUCCACGCCAUCCGUGAGCCGACAAGCCAAUCCGCAGCCCACACACAUGUAUGGAUCCAAAGAUGCACUACAGCCCCUCCCACCCCAAUACCCUCCCACUCGAGACAGUGCUGUAGUGCAAUGUAAGUGAGUGAAUUGUGUGUCUCUACUCCUCCUCUUUCUUGAUGACGGUGUCUGUCUCAUCCUCUCCCUCUCCCUCUCGGUCUUCCUCUCCCUCUCCCUCCUUCUUCUUAGCUCUCUGUCUGGCCUGGCUGGGCCGCAGCACUAUCGUCCCGUCAGCCCUCUCUGUCACGCGACACCUCUUCUUAGCGCCCUGCCUCAACAUACUAACCAGAUGUCCGGGCUUGUACCGGACAGACAGCACCACACUGUUGAGGGCGGGAAAGGCUGAAAACGCCACCACCACACACUCAGCGAAUGAAGCGUAAAACUUGCGCGACUCUGUAGUGUUGAAAUGAUGUCUGAUCUCCACGUCGAGUGAGGAGACACGGCCACUCUCCAUCACCUGCCUCACUGCCUCUGUCUCUCUACAUAACUUCCACUCCACAGACACGUUUUCCCAGUAUACCCAAUUGCCCUCUGCAUCGAAGGUGACACGCUCGAAAUCGUACGUCAACUGGACUGCUAACUCUCUGCCUUCAUCUGAAACAAACCCCAGGCCAUCAGGCAGCAGUGUGCAUGUGGCCUCUGGGUUCGCGCGGGCAGACAAUUCAAAACGCACCUUCUCUAAGUGGGGGGAGAGGGCAUGCAGCACAUCACCCGCCCCACCAUCAUACACACCCCUGCCUUCCCGUCCCUGCGAAACCAUGACAGACGACACACUCGGGAAGAGCGAUGUAGGGUCGUCCGUGAUGUAGGAGGGCAGCUGCUGGGUGCCGCCCGCACGUAUGAUGGUGAGCUCGUGGGAGUGCUCACACACCAGCGAGUCCAGCCCGGGGGCCUCUUUGAUGGUGUCGGCGCAGGGGCGGCUGUCGAGGGUCACCUUCUCGGCCUGCCGGCAGCACACCUCCACCGUCGAGAAGGAGUCGGUGAGGGCCUUCUUGUUGCCGAAGAAGGGCAGAUGGACGGUGGGGCCGCCCUGCAGCUCGCCCUCCUCGAUGCGGCCGAAAUAGUUCUCACACGCGUCAGGGGCCAGGCACUUGGUGCGAAAGUCGUGCAGAUGCUGUGCAAACGACACACAAGACGAAAGGGUCGGGGGAUAGCCAUGGAUGCGGGAAGUGUCUGUGUUUCUUCCCCACCUGUAUCUUCUGUGUGCUGUGGAUCUCCCCGAUGGCCAUCUCGAUCUCCUCCAGGGGGCCUGCCUUGUCCCGCUUCGUUCCGACCAGGUUGCCGACGAUGUUGCCGAUGAAGCCAAGCGGGCCGCCCUCGUCCUCAGCCACUCCCACCACAUUGAUGAAGCCACCGAUGGGGUCGUUGGAGAACUCGAUGCGGCCGGUCAGCGACGUGAGGCUCUUGGCUGAUAUACACACACAAAGGGCGAGGACCGUGACGUCACACUCGCGGGGGCGUGCGCGGAUUCAUAUCAUCAUCACCUGAUGGCGUGUCGGCGAGGGCGUUUGCUACUUCGCUGAGACUCGCAGCGGCACCUCGGCACUUCGGAUCCUCCUGGAAGCAAAGUAGCAACAUGAGAUCAGUCGUUCAUGCAGCUAUGUAUCCCCUUCCCUCUCUGAGUGGCCUCCUCACCUUGUCGCAGAUGAUGUGCAGCGAUUUUAUGCCCCCAUCAGCCUCGCGGAUCCACCGAUGAGCCCCAGCGAUGGUGAUGUCCACCACACUGAGGCCUUGCAGGUGCGGCAUCUGGUACAUGCGGUCCUCUGCCACCAUCAUCCACACCGUGCCAACGCUGGCUGACUCCACACGCUCAAACACAAUCGGCUUCUACCGGACACACAAGGGGGAGAUAUAACAAUGAUGAGCGCAAGGAAGCCUGUGUGUCUUGUCAACGCCCUCACCUUGUUCUGUGGCAGGUCGACCUUCUGGAAGUCGCCUUUCCUCUGACGCAUGUCUCGCUCCACGUUGUACUGCACCUGUCUCUCUGGCGCAUGCUUGCCAUUUCUGUAGAUGGGAUGCUCGUAGGGGCACUGCAGGUCCACACUCUCGACCGUAACCGAGAGGCGCUCCAGCAGGUACACCAGCGACUUGGUGGGCCGAUGACAGAUGCGCACAUCAGCACACUCGGACAACGGACCUGACCAUAACACACAGCACACCACACUUGGUCGCACACACAGAUGUGUCGGCUCCCGCUCUCCUCACCGGCCGCCCAUUUCUUCGCAAUUUUCAUUUUGGGUGAGUCGUCCAGCUCGACGAUGGGGUGCAUGCCGCUGGACUGUGUGAGGUGGCGGAAGAACGUGUUGACGCUCGCCAGCGACUCCAGGCACGACACGAAGCCCAUCAUGGCACCCAUACCCACACCGUCGGCCAUCCAGAGGGCCUCAGGCAGACCCUCAAGAUGCGACUUGGCCUGACAUAGAGCACGAAACAGGGGGAAAUGGAGGUGGGUUCCUUCGUUCUGUCUGUUGUCUUGUGCUGCGUUGACCUGCUCAGCGUCGUCUUCGUCGGUUUCGUUGAGUUUGUGUCGGAUGGCGUCGAGUUUGCGGAUGUUCUCCUUCAUCUGCCUGGUAGCGACCUUGUCCACGUGGCUGAUCUGCGUGUCGACGUCGGCACACACCAUGCUCGACCACACGCGAAUCUGACGAUCAACCUCCUGAACAACACCACACACAUAAAAGGAGAGGCUGUGUGUGUUGAUGUCGUUUGAUGUGUGUAUAAUGUUGGCCCUGACCUACUCACUCACCGAGAUGCGGUGUUGGUGUUCGAGCGAUUCGGCAUCAGGGGCGGCCAUCCUCAACUCAUACACCUCACGAGCCUGGAUGAUGGCAUCAACACGCACACGCAGCAAACACACCACAAAGUCAAGUACUCCCUCCCCCAUUCCGCCAGCCUCUCUUUUCCACGAGGUACCUGUUUCUCGGCCUGUUUGGCCUGCUUGAGUUGCGCUUCGAGCCUCAUCGUCAUCUGCUUCAGAGCCUUCAACGCAUCAGCAUGACAAACCUCAACUACAUCCUGCAUGAAGUAACGAAGCCAAACCACAAAACACACGGAAAUGCACCCAUCACCCAUCAGCCAUCUGCAUCCCUGAGUCCUCAUCUCCACAUCCUCGUCGUCGUCAGACACCUCCAUCUUGUCCCUCCCGCCGCCAUUCUUAUCGCCCUUACCCUUACCCUUCCUAUCCCCCCGCUGCCUCUUCUUACCGGCCUUCCUGCGCCGCCCUCCCUUUCCAGACUCCGAGCCUUCCUCGUCACUGCUGCUGGUGUCGACGUCCAUUAUGGGUUUGCGUUUCUGCCCGCCGGCAGCCUUGAGCAAGGCCAGCUGCCGGGCCGUCAUGCGAUGGUCGUCCUCACCCUCACCUGCAUCAUCCAUGGUGAGAGGGAGGGAGUGAGGGAGCGAACGGCAGAUCUGCCGAUGCGCAAGGCACGACGGGAACAGCGGAGAUCUCACCGUUGGAUGUAAAUCACCGGAUACUGUCGAGACCUCUGCAUAGGAUUGGACGGAACAGAACGGCCCAUUUCGAU